AUGUCAAAUAUUGAAGGCAGAUUAAAAGGUUUGCAAGAACGCUUCGAAAAUGAAUUGCGUAGUCGAAGAGAGGGUCUCCACAAUCAAGGAGGACUUGGGGCUUCCAAGUCUGGAAGUACAAGAAGACCAAGACCUCGUAAGUCAGCAAUGUUCUCCGCAAGAGACAUACCACCAUUCCCACCGAAAUCUCCACAAGCUACGGACACUGAAUAUAGGAUGCGGGAAGUUUACAAGGUGAGUGGGAAACUGAACGUGGAUGGUGUUGAGUACAGAUCUCACAUAGAUGAUCUCCAACAACUCGGUGAACUGGGCAGUGGUACCUGCGGCCAUGUGGUGAAGAUGUUGCACAAGUCAUCAGGAGCUGUAAUUGCAGUAAAGCAAAUGCGUCGCUCGGGUAAUUCAGAAGAAACAAAACGUAUUUUAAUGGAUUUGGACGUGGUAGUGAGAUCACAUGAUUGUCCCUACAUUGUCCGGUGUCUCGGGUGCUUUGUUACUGACGCGGAUGUAUGGAUUUGUAUGGAGCUGAUGGCAUCAUGCUUUGACAAGCUACUAAAGAGGCUAGGGGCACCUAUACCUGAAGCAAUACUUGGAAAAGUCACUGUGGCGACGGUGAAUGCGUUAUCGUACCUGAAGGACACGCACGGCGUGAUCCACCGCGACGUGAAACCGAGCAACAUCCUGUUGGACGAGCGCGGGAACGUCAAGCUGUGUGACUUCGGUAUCAGCGGUCGCCUCGUCGACUCCAAGGCCAAAACGCGCAGUGCGGGCUGUGCGGCCUACAUGGCGCCCGAGCGAAUAGACCCGCCAGACCCGAGCCGGCCAGAUUACGAUAUCCGCGCAGACGUUUGGUCGCUAGGCAUCUCGCUGGUGGAGCUCGCCACCGGCGUGUUCCCCUACCGCGACUGCCAGAACGACUUCGAGGUGCUCACCAGGGUAAUAGCAGAUGACCCACCACAGUUACCUGAGGGCAGUGAUUUUACUCCCGAGUUCAAAUCUUUUGUUUCACAAUGUCUGACCAAGAACUACCGACAGCGGCCGAAGUACGUGAAGUUGCUGGAGCACCCGUUCGUGGUGAAGUCGGCGCGCAGCUCGGUGUCGGUGGGCGCGUGGUACGCGUCGCUGUCCGUGGCGCCGCCCGGCACGCCGCAGCCCGCGCGCCACCCCGCCGCGCACUGGACGCCCGACCAGGCCACGCCCACGCCCGCCAGAGCUUGGUGGGCGACGCCACCCAACUCGGGAGGAAGUAGUUCGCAGCCUACGAGCCUCGAAGCGGACUUAUCGAACUACUCCCCUUAUCCGAGACGCAGGACGCUCGACGCGUGCGCGUCUCCGCCGCCAGCGCCCGCGCGCCGCGUGUCGCAGGACUCGCGCUGGCGAGCCUCGCCCGCGAGUUCCGGAAACACCAGCCCCAUUGUAUUACAAAGAUUCUAUCACCAAAGUCAACAAAGGAAGUCCAGAGUGGACUUGCACUCAACACCGAGGCAUAGAAGCCUCAGCCGCGAGCACAGCACGGGCCGCUCGCCCGAGCCGCCGCCGCGCACGAGGCAUCUCCUCACACACGAAGCCAACGGCACCGCGGAGCUCGAGCCGCCGCCGCUGCACGACCGACUGCACCCGCCCUCGCCGCUACUGCUCAGUAACGAUAGUGCAAGGCGCGCGGCCGGCAGGUUGUCGGAGGGCCGCAGCCAGAGCCUGACGCGCGCGGAGCUGCGCAACGGGUUCCGCGCCGACGCGCCGCCGCCCGCCAAGCUGCUGCACGACGACCAGGGCUGGCUGCACUCGCUCGCGGGGCUGGUGAAGCGCCGGCUCAGCGGGUACGUCAAGUGGCAUCACGUUGCAGCGCGCCGCGAGCCGCUGCACGCCGCCGUCGCGCACCACAAGUGGGGCAACAGCGAGAGUUGGAGCGUGCCGGCGUCUCCGUUGCCACCGCGUGCCCCUCCACCGCGACCCGCCGACUAGCGAUCACCAUCCCCACCACCUCCACCACCCACAGUACCACCGCCACCACUACCGCGAGUACUGUCAACGUUAUCAACACCGCCGCGCCGUAACUGCUCACCAAGACUAUUUUUAAAGUGUUAUUAAAGUGUAAGUCUUGCAAUUAAAGAGUAGAAUUAGAAA